CAUUUAUACAUGUAUUUACAGGGGAAGAGCCUGUCGCUUUGUUGUAUUACUACUCCGUGUUGCUGCUUUUCCUUUCGACAUUGCGCCCCGUGCAGCAUUUCACACUCACCAGGGAUAUUUAACUCUUGACAGGGACGCGUUUUGGGGUUCCCUUGGACAUGAACCAGAGUUGGGGACUCGGGUCGUUAAAAUCAAGUCUUGAGACUCGCAAAACAGUCUCUGGCGUGGACAGUCCGCACGUGGACAGGAUCUAAUGAUUGUUAUGGAGACUUGUUGACCGCAAGGUGCCAUUUGUAGCUGCAGUGUUUCUACCUCCCUCAUCAUUCCGUUCCCCUCCAUUGAGGGAAGUUACCUGUCACCCAGCCUGGUUCUCAAUGGACAAAAUGAAUUAGCCUUUGAUUAGCGUCAUGUUUGACUUGCAUCAUAUUUACAGCCCAAGGAACCAGGAAACCUUUGUUUACCAAUUCCUUCAGUUCCCAGAAAUCAGUGCAUUUAUAUGUAAACAGUUGCGAUGGGUGAUAUCCGUCAGUCAUUGCUGCCUCGGGACGUGCUGAGCGCCGCCAAGGAGCUGCUCUACCACCUGGACAUCUACAUCUGCAACAUGGUGCAGUCGGGCAGGCAGCCCCCUCAGGUCGACUCCAAAACCCUGGAUCUGAUCGAGGAGUUCAUCCUGCACACGCCCAAGGACAGAAACGCACCAGUCAGGAGGAUGAGUGCUCUGCAGGAGCUACAGCUCCUGGAGAUCAUGUGCAGCUGUUUCCAGGAACAGAGUCGGGACACGGUGCGCCAGCUCAUGUUCUCCGCCCUCUUCAAUCUCCAAGGAAACCAGGCGGACGAGAGUCGGAUGGCGCUGCUCAGCAAACUGGUCUCCAUGGCAGUCGCUGUGGGCAGGGUUCCCAUUCUGGAAUGUGCCGCCACCUGGCUACAGAGGACCCAUCGUGUGUACUGCAUCCGCCUGGCACAGGUGCUGGUGGACGACUACUGCAGCAUGGUACCGGGAUCUGGGCCCACUCUGCACAACAUCCACAGCGCCAGCCCACGCUUCUGCUGCCAGUUCAUCACAGCCGUCACCACUCUGUACGACCUCACCUCAGAGGAGCUCACGCCUCCGAUGGAGCUCCUCCAGAUGAUCGUGUCGUGGAUCCAAGACGACCCCCGACUGGUCCUGAUCACCUUCUUGAACUCGCCCCUGUCCGGCAGCCAGCCAAUCAGCUCUCUGGACGUGACGCCGCUCGGCGGGUUGAUCCGCUGGUGCAUCAAAGCGCCGCUGGCCUACAGGCGAGACAAGAAGCAGGCGAGCGACGGGAGCUCUGACGGCGAGCCAAGCGCAGCGAGCCUCUUCUCAGCUCUACAUCUAAGUGUUCUUCAGGUGUUCAUGCUUUUACCCAACAUACUCAACGAGAAGGGGCUCUUCGGCCGCCUGGCGCUGCUUCAGAUGGAGUCGGUGGCCGCCCUGACCUCCGAUCUCUCUCGCCUCCUGGACCAGGCCGACAAACACACACACGCAGCCACCAGCGACACACAGGCUGCGUCCCAGCUGGCACUGGACCGCCUGGCCCAGGCUCUGCAGGUGGCGAUGGCCAGCGGGGCGCUGCUCUGCUCCAGAGAGGACCUGAGAGCCAUCUGUUCACGGCUCCCUCACAACAAUCUGCUCCAGUUGGUUCUGUCCGGCCCGGUGAUGUACUACAACAACAUCCACACCCCUCCGCUGGCCUACAGCCCCCACGCCGCUCACUCUCCCAUCCCCGCGCACCCCACUCUGCCGCCUCACACACCCCACACCCCUCUGGCCGCCCACCCGGCCCCUCACGUCCAGUACCCCGCUCAGCCCUUCAUGACAGGGAUGCCGUUCCCCUUCAGACCCGGCCACUGAAAAGAAAAGAAAACACAGACUGCCGCUCCGUGGCUGCAGACAUGAGGGACAUGACGAGUGUUUGAAGGAAUGUUUGGAUUUUUGAGCGCUUGUGAAUGUUUUCCAGUGUAUCCGCAUUGAAUAAAUAUUUUUUUACUUUA